AUGAACGCCUCGGCCGUUUCCGUCGCCCUUCGCGUAUCUCCGCGCCUCAAGGUCACGGGGUGGCGCGACCCCGUUUCCACGGGGAUCGAUGGGUGCCCCAAGCCGCCCCCGAAUCCAGACGCGGACUGUGAGACCAUUCGACGUGCGUUUUCAAUGUCACGCGGGCCGUGGCGGUUUCCGACUGGGAGAAGGAGUUCCGCUGGUUAUAGCGCGUUGUCG